CACGAACACUAUCUCGAGGCACGUUGAUGCGUGCGAUAUUUCCUGCUGCUUAUUUGAAUUUUUUUCGCAGCCCCAUUACCCCGUAAUUAAUAACUGUUUAUCCAUGACUAAUGUAAUAGUUUAAGUUUUUAAUAAAUGGUUUUUACAUAAGAAACACAAGUGACCAGACCAAUCCCAUCUUUACACGGAACUAAAUUACUUCGCAGUUAGGAUGUUUAUUUGGUUUAGUGAUGAGAUCUGAAGUUAAAAGUCAACAAUUAUGGCACUGUAAAUAAUCACUCCAACUUGGCUAGUACAAACAAUCACAUUAAAAUGAAAGAUGGACACAUUUCCAAAUCCAAAGACAGUCAUAGUAGUUCCAAGCAUUCCUCUAGCUCUGAGAAACACAGAGAUGGACAUUCGGAUAAACCCAAGAAGUCAUCUAGUUCCGAUAAGCACCGUGACAGUCACUCAGACAAGCACAAAGACAAGCACUCCGAGAAACAUAAAGAUUCUUCGAAACACAGUUCAUCCUCAUCAUCAUCAACAUCAUUAGAUAAGCAUGGGUCAUCGUCAUCUAGUAAAAGUAGCUCGCACAACUCAGAGAAACACAAAGACCGCCACAAAGAGAAGAGCUCCUCCAAUGACAAACUGAAGGAGAAGAGCAAACACAAACCGAGCGACUCUUCAACAGUGAAGUCAGAGAAGUCCAGUGAAGAACGCAAGAAGGAGCGAAGUGAGCACCGGGAGGAGAAAAUAGCCAAAGCAAAUGUGGUCAAGACGGAACAUACAUCUAUAAAGACCGAUUCUAAACAUAUGAACAAUAUGUCUUCAUCCAAACACAACUCUGUUACCAGUCCUCUGUCAAAGAUCUCCCCCAGCAAGAUUAAGAGAGAACCAAUGAGUGAUGAUGAUAUUCCACUGAUUAAAAGAAAACCUGAUGAUGUUGCUAUUAAGAAGAUGAAAGUAGAGAGUGAUGAUGAACCUUUACAGGAGAAAUACAAGGCAAAAAUACAAGCUGAGAAAUUGAAGGCUAAAGAGAGGAGAGAAGACAUUGAAAAUAGAAAGAGAAAAGCAGAGGAAGCCAUUGAGCCAAUAAAAAAAAAAAAAAUAAAGAAGGAGAUAAAGAAUGAAGUUGAGUCUCCAACCAAAGGAAGAAAAAAGAAAGAUAAUGAAGAGCAGCAGACCAUUUGGAAAUGGUGGGAAGAAGAAAGAAGAGAAGAUGGUGUGAAAUGGACUUUCCUUGAACAUAAAGGGCCGUUGUUUGCCCCAGAUUACGAUCCUCUACCUGAUAAUGUAAUUUUUAAAUAUGAGGGUAAACUAAUGAAACUCAGCCAGGAUGCUGAAGAAGUUGCAGGCUUCUAUGCAAAAAUGUUGGAACAUGAUUACACCAAAAGUGAAAUAUUUAACAAAAAUUUCUUCAAAGAUUGGAGAAAGGUUAUGUCAUCUUCUGAGAAAGAAACCAUCACAGAUCUGAAGAAAUGUGAUUUCAGAGACAUGCAUGCUUUCUUCACUGAACAGUCAGAGGAAAGGAAAAACAGAACUAAAGAGGAAAAACUGGCAUUGAAGAAGAGAAACGAGGAGAUCCAAGCUGAGUAUGGCUAUUGUAUUAUGGAUGGACACAAGGAAAAAAUUGGUAACUUUCGAAUUGAACCACCGGGUCUCUUCCGGGGUCGAGGAGACCAUCCAAAGCAGGGAAUGUUGAAGAGGAGGACACAGCCUGAGGAUGUGAUAAUUAAUUGUAGCAAAGAUUCUAAAAUUCCUCAGCCUCCAUCUGGCCACAAAUGGAGGAAGGUCCAAGCUGACAAUAAGGUCAGUUGGUUAGCAUGUUGGUCAGAGAAUAUUCAGGGCCAAACCAAAUAUGUCAUGUUGAAUGCGGCAUCACGUUUAAAAGGCGAGAAAGAUUGGCAAAAGUAUGAAGUGGCCCGGCGCUUAUACAAACACGUGGACAAGAUCCGUGCAACAUACCGAGAAGACUGGAAAUCAAAAGAGAUGCGAAUUCGGCAGAGAGCUGUUGCCUUAUACUUCAUUGAUAAGCUUGCUUUGAGGGCAGGUAACGAAAAAGAGGAAGGAGAAACGGCUGACACAGUGGGUUGUUGUUCUCUCCGUGUGGAACACAUUAAGCUACAUCCAGAGAUUGACAACAAGGAAUUUGUGGUGGAGUUUGAUUUUCUCGGUAAAGAUUCCAUCCGUUACCAGAACAAAGUGCCUGUGGAGAAGCGUGUUUUCAAGAACUUGCAGCUGUUUAUGGAGAACAAGCAGCCUGGUGAUGACUUGUUCGACAGAUUAAAUACGGCCACUUUGAACAAACAUUUACACGAUUUGAUGGAAGGUCUGACUGCCAAAGUGUUCAGGACGUUCAAUGCCUCCAAGACGCUGCAAGAACAGCUCGAUCUCCUGACUAACCCGGAGGAGUCAGUCACAGCCAAACUCUUGUCCUACAACCGUGCCAACCGAGCCGUGGCAGUUUUAUGUAACCAUCAGCGGUCAGUGCCUAAAAACUUCAGCAAACAGAUGGAGAAUUUGCAGAAUAAGAUAAAAGCAAAGAUGGAUGUAAUUAAAGAGGGUAAGAAGCAGGUUAAAGAUGCCAAAAGUGACUACAAGAAUCUCAAAACAGAGAAGGCUAAAAGCAUGUAUGAGAAAAAGAAAAAGCAACUGGAGCGCUUGCAAGAGCAGCUCUGUAAACUAGAGGUGCAGGCUACAGAUAAGGACGAGAAUAAAGAAAUUGCUUUGGGCACCUCAAAAUUAAACUAUUUAGAUCCAAGGAUCUCUGUUGCCUGGUGCAAAAAAUGGGAAGCCCCACUGGAAAAAAUUUAUAACAAGACCCAACGUGAGAAGUUCCGUUGGGCUAUUGACAUGGCAACACCGAACUUCAGGUUUUAAUAACAACUGGCAUCCUAGACCUGAAUCUACUUUACCUUGACAUAUUAUGAUUGUUUUUUUUUUUUUUUUUUUUUAUCAUUUCACUUUUUAUUUUUUAAGAAAGGCAAGAAGAAUAAGAGAGAAAAAGUUGUAAUAGCAAGUGUAUGGGGAAAGCAAUAGUCUUUAUUUUUUAUUUAUUAUCAUCAUUAUUAUUAUUAUUAUUAUUAUAAUUUAAUUAAUUAUUGUCUUUUCCCGUUUCCUCUCCCAUUGUUGACAUCCUGGUUUUCUCUGUAGUCACCCUUUCAACGCUCUUUCUACCCAACUCCCAUCAUCAUCAUCAUCACCAUCAUUAAUAUUAUUAUUAUCAUUACUAUUAUUAUAAAUAUUAUUAUUAUUAUUAUUAAUAUUAUGACUAUUGUUAUUAUUAUAAAUAUUAUUAUCAUUAUUAUUAUUAUUACUUUUAUUAUUAUGAAUAUUAUUGAAUCAUAUCCCAAGAAAAUUCCUGUUUCCAAGUAGGCUGAGGCAGUGAAAGACAAGGGGAAGGAGAGGGUGGGUGUGAUGUUGUGGCACCAGAACUGCUGCAGCUAAGGAAAUCUCAUGGUAUGUCUCUCGACAGGCACUUGACCAACGCGAUGCCGCUGACCAUAUUUACAUAUACACGUGUGUAUACGCAUGCACACACACACACAUACAAGCACGAGUGUAUGUAAGUGUAUGUGAAGCUGGCCAGUCCAUGCAAACAAACAUGUAAAGAAUUCAAUUCAUAUCUGACUUGGAGCUUUUCACUGUAUAUUUAGUAAGAAAAAAGAAACAAAAAUAAAAUAAUUAACAUAAUGAGUAAUUUUAA